UAAGUCAUAAUGCAGCAGCUGAGUGGUAGACCGCUUAGUGAAACGGACCAAUCACUGCCCCGGAUGCUGCUCGGCGGCUCCUCCUGUUGUGGUGAAGUGGGAGACUUUGAAAAAGUUGUCAGAUGUGGGAGCAUGGCCACUAAGAAAUUAAGAAGAGCAGGGUUAUCUCAGGAACUUUGUGACAGGCUGAGUCGGCAUCAGAUCACUACCUGUCGGGACUUUCUGUGUCUUUCACUCUUGGAACUAAUGAAAGUGACUGGGCAAAGUUAUCAGAAUGUGCAGAAGCUUCUUUGCAAAGUCAGCUUAGCUUGUGCUCCCAAAUUGGGGGGUCGAGAUUGCUUAUAA